CACUAAUGAGCAAGCACGUUUCAAUUUUGUUUAUUAAAUUAACAAUCCGAAAAAAUAACAUAAAUAAAGAUGGAGGGUGUCGAUUUGAAGUGCACAUUGUGCGGCGAGGACAAAUUCCAGGAGCGCGAGGGAUUUUUCUACUGCGAGGAGUGCGGCACACAGAAGGAAAAGAUUCAGGCGGUGGAGCUCAUCGCCGACGAAGAGUUUAACGAAACCGGUGCUGGAAAGCAUACCAGCCGAGUUAUACGGCGUCCAAAGGAUUUGGCCAAUACCGAGGAGAACGACAUCACCUCGUGGGAAUUCUACAACUAUGUGCUGCGCGGCUUCGUUCAGGAGCUGCUCGACAUGGGCGCCAAGCCGGAGCUCAAGCUGAUGUCCCUGCAGGUAUGGGCGGCGUACAUGGGCCAAAUGGAGGUCGCCUUCUGCAGGAACGACGAUUUCGGUCUGCCCAAGCUUAAUGUACGGGCACUGGACAGAGAUGCACGCAUCAUUUACAACUACAAGCGGACAAAGCUCAAGAAGAUCAGGAGGGGCAGCGCUUCUGUCGAUCCCAAUGAUGAGCGCGCUAAGUUUCGCAAAUGGAACAAAACCAAGCGCAAUCUUGACGCCUCGGGCUACAAGAGAAGCGGAGUCUCAGAGCAAAGCGCAAAACAGAGUGUCGGCCUGCGAUGGUCCUGGAAAGCCCGCAAGACGCUAAAGAGCAAGAUGCCAUUAAAGCAUUUGGACAAGCACAGCAGGGUUAGCAGCAUGCAGUGCCAUGGUCUGAGGCCCAAGGCCAAGGAACUGCAUAACUUCGAUCGACAUAUAUACAAUCUGAAUUUGCACAAGUUAUAUGUGGUAUUGGCUAUAGCCCUUAACAUGAUCGAAGACGACAUCCAGCUAACAGAUUUGCUGCGGCUAGUCGAAGAGGAGCACCUGACCAGCCGAUAUAUGCUAAAGUAUCUGCCCGAUAAUGUGGCCGCCCAAGGAAAGACAUUGCUCAAGGAGGUAGAGCAUGGUAAUCACAGGGACCAGUGCUCAUAUACGUUCCUUCGCACCCACGUGGCUCAUAUGGCGCAUUUUAUAAAUCUGAGUGAAUUUCAAACGCCAAAUCUUCUGGCCCUGGCCGAACGCUAUGUCCUUGAGCUAGGCCUACCGCCUCGGGUCGCCAAGUAUGUGGGCAGCUUGAUAGAGCUGUAUCCGCCGAGGUUCACUUGCCCCCCGGGCUUUAACGUAUAUCCGCGCUACGAGCCCAGGGUGAUGGCCUAUAUCGUGUAUGUAAUGAAGUUGCUCUUUGGACUGGACGACGUCAAAGAGAAGAAGAUCUCGAUGUCAGCGAAGCAAAUCAAUGAAGAAAUACUGAGUUCAGUAGGACCAGAUCCUAAAAUACCCCCGCUCUUUGUAUUUACCGAGUGGAUGCAGUUUGUAGAGCUGAGGAAAGUGAUAGUUGCUCAGUACAACCAGAGCUUCGCUAGUCGCUUUGGAGUGCCAAACAAAACGGACUGCCAGGUGGAUGAUAUCCUCAUAAAGGAUCGCAAGCAGAGGGAGCAGGAAUACGGCAACUACGACCUGCAUGGAAUGGCUAUGCAGCGUCAAUACGAGAAUAUGACGCACACAAUGGAGACCCUCCUGAAGGAGCACUUUGGCGAGUCUAUUGAAGAUAGCAUCGGCAAAAAUCACAUUGAAUUUCAGCACAGCCUGACACCCGCUCACACAUACUUCAAACGGAUCCUGCAUCACAUCUCACAGACCAAAGAAGACGCCAUGACCAUCGACAUUCCCGACUACAUGAACGUGGAUCAUUCACAGCGGGACCUAGAUCCCUUCAUCGGGGAAACCAACGAUUUAAAGAAAUAUUUAGCUCAGCGCGGGGUGAAGAUGCAUGUGGUGGAGGUCCCCUGCCAGGAGGACAUUAAAAGUGGUCUCUUUCAUCCCCUUGCCGCUGUAGUUCCAGCUACGCGUGAAUUCCGAGCCAAUUGUGACAUUAAGAGCGAGACAUGGAUCAAUGAACUCAAAAGGAAGGAGAAACGUCCGGACUUCCAAUUUCGUCAACCCAUUGCCACCUAUGGAGCCGCCUAUCUGGCCAGGUUACAGCAACGACACUCGCUGAGGGAGCGGUUGGAGGCUGCCAAUCCCUUUUGGGAGAUCAAAGCGACCCCCAGAUACGCAAUCAAACUCAAUAAUGAUGAGGAGGUUCUUCUCGACAGCCUUAGCUCGAUACAAACAUUCGGGGAGGAGGAUAUGGACCCGUUGGAAGUGCCCCUGGAUCUGCCACGCCGCCAUCUAGACAAGAAACUGACAAACAGCGAUUUGGCGCCAGAAUCGGAUAGCGUUGUCGGGGAAGAACCAGAUCAGUCGCCAACAGAGCUGGAGGAGUUAACGCUGCAAGUCUCCAACUUUGACUGCUGGCUUCUGCAUGGCUUCACGAACAAGAUUCGGGAGUCGGAUAAGCGAGCGCUGCGUACGUUUUUCCCCUGCUCCUUCCGCUGGCUCCUCGAGACCUGUGCCGCCACCAUCGGCGUGGGAUGGGAUAUCCUGUACGAGCAACUUCUUGUCCUGGAGGUGAUGUUCCACCACACCAUCAAGGACUGGAGCAAAUACGAUCAAGUUCUACGCCUCGAGUCGACCAGUUCGGAUAAAGACAGGCAAUUGCUGGUUAGAGCCUACAGGGAUAUGUGGUAAAGUGCAGUUUUGCUGCAGUAGAAUGGCAAUGAUAGGAAGCUAAGAGUGUCAUAAA